GCCGCCAAAAAUCACUUCUUUGGAUUCAAAUCACCCCCGAGCGAGAGAGAGAGAGAGAGAGAGAUGGAGGUGAAGAAUGCCGGGGCUUCGCUGGACUCACUCAUCGCCGCCUUCAACAAUCGAGUGGCCGAUCUUCAGGAGCUCGUCAUCGCUCGAAACAUGUAUCCGGGGACCAGCAUCACCGAUCUGUCGGCGGUCGACGCCGCCUUGAAGGCCAUGGAGCUUCAGGUGCAGGCCAUCAAGGACCGGCUGCGCGACGAGACCGAAGCCAUCCCUAAAGCCAAAAAGCUUAUUGAGGCAUCACUAAGGCAGAAGAAGAAAUUGCAGAGUUUAUCUAUCCAUGUUCCCUCUCUUGUGCCGGAAAAAAUGACGACGUUAAAUGCAGAUACGAUUAGCUGGUGGUUAAAUAAAAUCGGGCUGCAUGAUGCUGGUAACCAACAUCCUGUUGUUGGGAAUUUGAAGCUUGAGGGAGAGCCUGUCACAAUACCCAAGGAGAAAAAGGGACAAGUUUCUCCACUGCUGUGGUUCAUUUCGGCAGAUGAAUUGGAUUCACUGUCAUCAUACAUGAGAGGAAGACUCACAUUAGAGAAGGUCAAUGCAGCUAUUAAUGACAUGGCUGCUUAUGCUGAGGCAAAUGCACAACUUAUUCUGGCCCCAAAAAAGAAGGUGCAAGAAAGUCUUUGGGAGAAGGCACUGGAACUCAGAGACAUUGCAAUGAUAGAAGGCAUAAAAGGAAAACAUUUCUUUCUUGAGUCUGACAUAAGAGGACCAAAUCUGAAGCUUGACAACACAGGGAAAGCGAUACUGACUGUGAGUAACCAUCUUCUGUUUUUCCAUCUGAAAUCGGGUGAACUUGGAUCUCCUAAUUUGGGUUUUGAUCAUUACCUAUUUGACAUGGAUUGACCUAGUAUUUGCGUCUUUGGCUGGUGUGAUGUUUUUGGGGGUUCCAUGUUUGAAGUGUGACAGCUUCUGUGCACCUCAAACAAAAUAAAUCCUGACUUUUGGAAAUUGGAGUAUAGUUGAACAUUACGUACUUUUGGCAUAACUUCAGAAGAGGGAUGCAUAAGGCUUUCUAGUUAUGUUUGUGGGGAACCUGCAAUAGCUUGAGUGUUUAUUGCCAGAAUCAUUAAUUCUUAUGAGUUACUGGGCUUCCAUGGAGGAACAUAUUGUUAGAGACGGUACUAGUAAACUCUUAGAACAUUUUGGUUGCUGCAUAAAAUGGUAGUUGCCAUUAAUCAUCUGCCGCUUCAGCAUCAGUCCAAUGUGUGGCCAAGCACCAUUAGCAGAAGUAUAAUUGAUUACUCAAUGUCCAUACAGAGCAAAAGCGUCUCUCCCCAAAUUGGUUGUCUGUUAUUAAUUUUGCUCAUGAAAUGCAUUGGUUUUUUGGGUCUAGCUCACAUAGAUGUGCCAGCCUUUUUUUUUUCGUGUCAUAGGCUGAAAUUCUCAUGGGGUUGUCAAUAAAGUUAUGUUUACUCAUGAAUGGCCUUUUAGUUCAGUGAAACUAUCAUCCUCGUGCAUUUCA